AUGUCACUGCAAGACAGUGACCAUUCCUAUUAUAAGAAGCUCCCAGCACAACGUGGGAAUACGUCUGCUGAAGGCGUAGAAACUCAGAAACCCAAGGUGGAAAGAGAAGAGAGAAAAAUCAGCGAAGAAGAAAAAGCAAUCCCAGAUGUUGAAGCUCCCAAAGAGAAAGUCUUCAAGUGUCGGGUGUGUGACAGAUCCUUCAAAAAUCAAUAUCAGGUGGCUGGACACAUGAGUAUUCACAAAAGACUUGUCUAUGAGUGUAAGGGAUGUCAGAAGAUUGCCUACUGCCACAAAAACAUCCUUCGUCAUUACCUAGAAAAACAUUUGCAGUCAACUAUUGGAAUGGAGGAUGUGCCGCAAGUAGCCAGCACUAGGAGGGAAGAUGCAAUGCCUGCUCCCAACCCACGCUUUCGGAACAAGUCCAAAAUUGGAUGCCCUAUUUGUAAAGUUUCAUCUGGCUUCCAGUGUCAUCUGCACAAUGAAGAUGAACUCAUCGCCAUCGAUGCGUUUCUGAGACAUGAUGAUGACCAGGAGGUUUUGGCAUGCGACAGUGGUGAUGAGAGCUUCUCAAGACACAGUAAGCUGGUCCAGCACCGUCAGGACAAUGCCAAGAGGCAACCAGGUGAGCCAUUCCGCUGCUCUCAGUGUCCAUUUCAGGCCAAAUGUAUCCAAUCUCUGAUGGACCAUCAGCAGUUUCACUCAGAGAAGAGGGAGGAGAAACUACCCAAGGAGGCACCAGAUGGCGAGAAGUUGAUCAGCUGCCCGCAUUGCUCCUUCAAAGUAAAGAACGUGUUUGGUCUUGCUGCUCAUUCAAGGUUCACAAAGGGGAGGUACGAGAAAGCGAGAAGUCGAUCAGCUGCCCAGAUUGCUCAUUCAAAGUGA